GUCUCUCUUGCAUAGAGUAGAACCCCGGGAAAUACAGGGAAUCGAUCCCAAACCCGCGACCCAACGCGAGGAAAAACUAUUGUUUUCCCCAUUGUGUCACAACCGGGAAUGUCGUGAAAACGGUGCACCGAUAACUAACCCGGGAAGCAAAUCAGCAGGAGGGAGGUUUUGUCGGAUGUUCGAUCGUACAAGCACGGUUUGUGUAGUAAUAGCCACAGAAUGCCUUUAGUUUAUGCACACAGAGCUGACUGAAUGCCGGAGGGACAGAGUGCUUUUUACCAGCUCCGCAAAGGUGAACAAUAUCUCGCACAACACCAGAAACCGAACGCCCUCCCGCCGCCGACCCAAUACCCGCCAUCCAGUUUUUCAAGUAUGGUGUAGUGAAACCGAUAAUAGUGCAAACAGCCGUGUUGCCAUCGACGUUGCGCGCAGGGUAAGGAAAGUAGAAAAGGUCCUGCAGUAGACGCGGAUCUUCAUCUUGAAGAAAUUACCAUUUCCAACGCACACAGAGUAAGGGGCGGGCGCGCGCGCGCUCAUCCAUUUGCGCUGUAGGGGCAUGGUGUACCACUGGACUGUGUGUGUCUAUGUAUGACAUUGGCGGAGACGUACGUGUCGCGUGUGAAGAAAAACAGCCAAAUAUCCGGCGAGAACACUAGUGCGCGCCACCGUGUCCAAGAUGUACGCAAAGCAAACCCAUGCAAAGGUCGGGGGUGGUGGUGGUAGACAGAGCAUAAAGGCAGAAUAUCAGCCGGGCGGCAAAGCGGUUAGUGGUGUGUCCGGUGUGGAGCGUAGAGCUAGUACAGUUUACGCGCGGAAAGCGUCGGUAGUCAGCAACAGUAGUGACGUGUCGAACGAUGACUAUGAGGAGGUGAAACCCGACCUGCAGGUCAGCUCGCACCUGCUGGAUCACGGGUACGGCUGUGGGGUGGUUUCGUUUCCGACCGUGCCGCCAAUGUCCGGCACUCAGGCGGCACAGCAAACCUCCAAGCAUCAUGCUGCGUCCGAGCAGCAACAGCAGCAGCAGCAGCAGCAGCGUGGCCAUCAACACAUUAGCAGUAAUGUUAGCAGUAGAAACAAUCACUCCAACGGGAGGAGCAGCCAUCAUCACAGUACGCCCACUUCAACUGGCAUGCCAUCGUCCUCCGCGACAGCUACACGCGGCGGGGGAAAACAGCAUCAGCAGCACGAUCAGGCUCAUCAACACCAGUACAGUAACAGCAGCAGCAAGCAGAAUGCGGCCGAUCCACCGAUCACCAAUUUCUUCAGGGCCAUUAAGCGAUCGUCACAGUCGUCGAGCAUAUCUCCCACACCGGCCAAAAUUGCCAAGAGCAGCAAUGUGAAGACACCGAACUCCACCUGCUCCACGCCAACCUCGUCGAUAUCGUCCUCUUCAUCGAAGAAGCGCUACUCGGAACGAACUAGGUACGACACGUCGCUUGGGCUGCUGACGAAAAAGUUCAUCGAUCUGCUGAACGAAUCGCCGGACGGGGUGGUCGAUCUGAACAUUGCCUCGACGAAGCUGAAGGUGCAGAAGCGGCGCAUCUACGACAUCACCAACGUGCUCGAGGGCAUCGGUAUGCUGGAGAAGAAAUCGAAAAACAACAUUCAGUGGAAGUGUGGCAAUACCGUGUGCAAUAUCGACCGCAACACGCGAAUACAGCGCGAACGGUACCGACUGCAACAGAAGGAAAACAUGCUGGAGGAGAUGAUCGUCGAGCUGCGGUCGGCCACGAACGACGAGAUGGCGCACACGAAGCACGGCUACUUUACCUGUCAGGAUCUGAGCUCGAUGGAGAUGUUCCGCGAGCAGACGAUCGUUGUUAUUAAGGCGCCACCGGAGGCUAAGCUGGAGUGGAUGAACGAAAAGAUGCAACGGGAAAUAGUGUUAAAGUCGGAGAAAGGAGAAAUAGAUGUGUUUAUCUGUCCAACGGAGGAUCCGGCUGUAGUCGAUAGUCCGGCAGUGAUUGCCGGCGAUCCACUGCUGGAAAACUUCGAACCUGUACUAUCGCCUUUCCAGCGGAUGGAUAGAACGUCUAGCCCAAGGAAAGCGUUAGCGAGACCGUCCCCAUACGCAGCGCAGCGCAAUCUCAACCGUGCACUGGCAGAGGAAGGAACUCCGAGCAACGGCGACCCUUCGGGAAGCAGUGUAACCGGUCGGGACAACAGCAUACAGACGGCGGUGGCGUCACUGUUUAACCUGUCCGGUACGAGCGUACCGCAGAAGGUGGUAGUGCACCCGGAGCGGUAUGAAUCGCCCCUGUGCAACAUGCUGGCCACGACGAGUGGCGCGUCCGGUGCAGCCAAUGGUAGCGGCUACUGCCAUGGUUGUGACUUCCCAUCCCCAGCGGUGGGAGUAGAACAAUCCGAGUUGCAUUACGAUGCUAGUCAGACAACGACGACGAUGAUCGGGCCCGCGACGGUAACGUCGAAGGCGGGCGUGAGAGUUAAAUCCGAACAUGUGCCUGAUAGUAGUAAUAGUAGAGGUAGCGAUAUACUGCCGCAAUCCGCAAUAUCCGCGGACAGCGGCGUGUUCGUAUGGGGUGACGGUGCGAUCGACGGUGACGAUCAUCCGCACCACCAUGGAGGAGGAGGCGGUGGUGGUGGUGGUGGUGGUGGUGGUGUGGGAGGGAUGGCAACGUCCUCGGCGACGGCGUCCUCCUCAUCCAUGCUAUCCGGUGGGGUGUUGAGCCAUCUCAACAACAACAACAACAACAACCACAUCAACGGUGGCAAAGUGACGCCGGAGGAGAUCACCAACAAGAACGCAUCCCUGUCCGAUACGAAACUGAGCCCCAACUUGUUCCAGUACGAUUUCGCCAUGUCGGCGCUAAAGCCGCCCAGCGCCAAGUCUUCGCCGGAGAAUAUGCACCACCGCUACGGAUUUUCCGAUUUCGACGAUCUGGACAUAUUCCUACCGCUGGAACCGACCGCCGACUACACGCUGUCGCUGAACGAAUCUGAAGGCGUUUUCGAUUUGUUCGAUUUCAACUCAUGAAGCUGCUGGCGGAAGCUGUAGGUUGCAGCAGGACACAACCGGCGGCACUUCGAUCAUCCACUCGCCGUGCGCCGCUGAUGAUGAGAUACGCCCAUCGUCAACGCUGUGCAUCGGUGCAACAUCAUCAUCAUGAUGGUCUAAUUUCACAAAACACAAUACGCUUUCACCGAUGCUGCGGUGUGUGUGGUGCUGCGGGAACGCGCUUCACUACUGCUACAACAAAUAUCAUUAUUCAAAGUGACAACAACGUAGAAGAGCAAAAGCAAAGCACAGCCAGCCAGUAGCAGAACGGCGAGGCAGUCGAAUGGAGCAGCGCGUGUAACGAAAUUGGCACAAACAAGCAAACAGGCGGUGGUAAAUUACGUUUUUUUAAGUAGUGCGCAAACAUAAGGAUAGUAAUUUUAAGGCAAAACAGAUUUUCGUUUUUGAUUAGCAUUAUUGUAUCUAAAAGCAGUCCCCCGCCCCCGCCCCACACACAUACACUCACACACACAAAACCCCACAACACAACCCUCUUAUCUAUUAGGAGGGGUGUGCAUGGUUGCUCACGGCACUUUUAAAAAGGCACACACACAAAUGAUGCCCUUGAAAGCUCUUUUGUUGUUUUUUUUUUCGCAAAAUAGGUUGUAAAAAAGUGCAAACACACAUGCCAACCCCGGAGAGGACCCCCCCCCCCCCCGGGGUGUUACUAGCGUAUCCUCCGCCCGGUCGCCGUAGCACAGAGCACAUACGCUGGCGGGCGGGCGGUUGGUGUGUUUUGUUACUCAAUAUUGUUAACAAGUUUGUUUUGCUGUAUAUAUAUUUUUUUUUUUUUUGUGUGUGGAGUGUUUGCUUCCAAGAGGACACCGUUAUUUCAUUUUAUAAGUAUUUUCUUUUGUUGAAUUAAUUGUUUCGUGGUUUUCUUUUCUUUAGUUCUGCAUUCUGGGCUUUCCUCAACAAGAACUGAGCCGUUGUGUAAUAUUAGAUGUGUAAGGGGGUGCGCCCCCCACCUUCCCCCCCACAAGUGCCGCUCGUUGAUCCGGAUAAGGAUCUUGUUUUGCUGUGCCGUGUGUGUGUGUGUGUGUUAUUGAGCCGUGGCAAUCGUUGCUUCGAUAUUACUAGAACUGAGUGUGCGGCCAGGGGGGUAGCUUUAGCAGCAACGUGUUUUGGUGGCCGCUCAGUUACAGGUUACAAUUGCUCUCCGCCUCACGGUGGCAUAGUAGAGUGGCAAGAAGCAAUUCAUCUGAUUCGAAUUGGAAUGAGCUAUACAAGACUUUCGAAUUCCUCCCACCCACUGUACGCGGUGCGUAUAUGGGAGAGGAGGGGGAUGGCGGGGAGCGGAGGGGGGCGGGUAGGUGCAUGUGUUGCAAACAAAAAAAAAAUGCAAGGGGAAAAGACUUUUUAUGAUUUUUCAUACUUAUAUUUGCAUAGUAGUAAUUUUUAUUCGUGGUACCAUGAUUGUACAUAUAGUGCGUAAGGCUUGUAAAUUAUUUCAAAUAAAACAUUGUUCCGAUGCUGUUGAGAGAGAGAGAAAAAAACACUCACACACUCACACACACAUACAAAAUCACGGAACAAUCUCUAGUAGACGGAUAAAGAUGACCACAGCAUGAAGACAAAGGUUUUCUCCACACUUUCUCUUUCUCGUUCUAAAACGAACGAGAAUAGAAAAUGCAGCAAAACUGUGUGAGUGAGGUGAGGAUAGGUGAAGGAAGGUAGGGGUAAAGGAAGCAGAUACUAGCAUUUUUGAGCAAAAAAAAAAAGUAACAAAAGGGGCAAACCUCUCGCUUCGAAGAAUUUUCCACCAAAGGGAUUCAUCGUGUUGCACCGAGAGAGAGAGAGAGAGAGAUCGAGAGAGAGAGAGAGAGAGUAUAGGGUUUUGGCAGGGACAAAAGUUAAGCAAAAGAAUCCGAUGUAAACGACUGGUGGGUGUAGGCUCAGUCGAAUAUUUUAAAUAUACUAGCACGUAAGCUCAUAUGAGGUCACGGGGGGAGGGGGGGGGGAAGAGGGCGAGAGCGAGGGAAGGAGGGGGUGUGAUACGAUCACACGGCGCAUCCCGGCAAACAUUCGCAGAACAACAUAACGUUAACGUGUGUGUGUGUGUGUGUGUGUGUAGCGUGUAGAGUAUAGUAGAGACCGCGAAUCAAUGAUCCUGGGGAGGGACACAACCACAGACACGAAACACAAAACAGUGCGACCGGAG